AUGUCAUCGAGGCAGCGUAAGGCAGCGACAACAGACUUUGACUGGAAUGCCCUCGUUUGCAAGCAAAAGAUACAACCUAUUACCGAAGAUUUUGCCGCAGCGACUCGUGAACGUCUACAAGCUAUCCAUGCGAAUUUCCAAAGGUAUGAGUCGCUCUAUAGUCGUCACCAUAUUGGGAUUAACCUUAUUUUACCCCCAAAAGACAUCAAGCCAGAUAAUAUCAUGCAAGAAUUAAACGACAACUCCGUCCUCGACAAAUUUGUUCAAGCUGAGCUAGACAAACCCUCCCCUCGGAAAGUUGUCGACAGGCAAACAAUUUAUCUUUCCAGACUAUUUGAGCCCCCGAAGAAGUUCGGGAGAGUCUUGCUAUGUGAUUUCGGGUCUGCUGUUCAAGGAGAAGAACAAAGGAAUCAUAAUGCGCAACCUGAGAUCUUCAGAUCGCCAGAGGUGAUGUUAACGGCCGACUGGAGCUAUCCUGCUGAUAUCUGGAAUGUGGGCGUUAUGGCCUGGUUUCUUUUUGAGGGCGACCUCCUCUUCACCGGACAAUACCCUACCUUACAUAGGUAUAUUACCCGUGCGCAUCUCGCAGAAAUCAUUGGAUUGGUAGGGCCGCCACCACUCGAUCUUGUUCAGCAAGGGACCAGAAGCUCUGAGUUUUUCGAUGAAGACGGAAACUGGAAGGUGGAUGACGUGGAGAUAAAACGAAAACGCCUGGAAGAUUUAGAGCAGUAUCUCGAAGGAGAAAACAAAAAGGACUUUCUAGCGUUCAUGCGGGGCACUCUUCAAUGGCGACCAGAAGACCAGAAGAACGCUGCAGAACUUCUCAAAGAUCCAUGGCUGAACAGCUGGAUCUGA